GUUCACAUCACGCAUGCGACACGAGAAGAUUGUUCGCGUCUAUCAUUGGCGGGCAGUACAGAACGAAUGUGGAUAGCCUAGCAUAUUUGGUUGUCUCAAUGCCACUAUGCACCGUGUUGCUAUGCCCACGUCUUUGGCAUUGACAACCAAUCCCAUAUAAAUGUCCGCUUGUACCUCUGGACCGUGCAUUCAAGCCUGACCCUCGACUACUCAGAACAUCCCUCACAACUAUGGAAGACUUUUUGGACGGAGAGAGGCGAGAACAGCUCGUGGCGUUCAGCAUCCCGGACACGAAGAUGGAUCCCGAGCAUGUCCCGGCUGAAAUAUGGCAGGAGAUCUUCUCCCUUGUCCCUUGCUCCUCCGACAUCCUCAGUAUCAUGCUGGCUUCGAAGCGAUUCCAUAUACUAGCCCUCCGUGCUCUUCAUCGCACCGUCGUCUGGCGAACUCCUACGGACGUCAUCAGCAGUCUCCCCAUGUGGGAAGACCACCCUGGAUUGCACCUCAGCGUACAGAGACUUAACUUCUCUGUCGCUACACCUCUUUCAUACUCUGCACCGUCUCGCGGAGGUGAUUUUCUGGCGGACGAGGACACAUUCGAUGAAAACGGCCAUCGACACAACCACCUCACAACUGCUGCGUACUCAGAUAUGGUCGCGCGUAUGCUCUCGUUCAAGCGGUUGACCAGCCUAACCUUCACCAAGCUACAACUGGGCUACAGACAUUUCGAGCUCAUCUACAAUCUUCCCGUGUUGCAGACCCUCCGCAUCGAGUCGUGCGGGGUGCAGCUCGGUAGAUUCCUUAAUGUCUUCGACCCGCUCACCUUACCCAUCACCGAUCUCACGAUGCGGAACCUUCGCCGCUUGUAUCAUGAAUUCAUCGGGGACGGGACGAUGGGCGAUAAUGCAUACGCCCUACUCAAUCUCGCCCGCGCGCCCAACCUGCACACACUCACGGUCGAUGCUUCUGCUGAAGUGUUCAAAUUCAUCUUUGGACCUGGCGACGCUGUUGCUGGUCCGCAGGCAGGCGUCUGGGUCGUCGGGCAGCUGGGGCCUGGUCCAGGACAUCCGCCGCCACCUCACCUGCGGCGCCUGUUCAUCAAGCGCAAGCACCAAGUGGGGCGCCCUCAGCAGCAGCCCCCGCAGCAGCCUCCCGCCAUGGUAGCCGCCCCGCAUCUGCCCCCGGGCAUGCACAUGUGGCACGUUGGUAACCUGCAAGGCCACAUACACGGACAUGCAUACGGUGUUGGCGACUUCCCAGAGGCGGCGCUCUUCUCGUUCCUCCAGCGCUGCCCGACUCUAACGGCAUACUCGACCUACCACUGCGCCACACAGAACGCACAGCUGCCCACGGGGGUGCUACCGAACCUGCAGGAUUAUGCUGGCCCCGUGGGCACCCUGCUCGGCGUCGUGGGCAACGGGCGCCCGAUCAAGUCGCUGAGGCUGACGAACUGCACAGGCCCGGAGGCGGCUGCACAGGCAGAGCGCAAUGCCGCGCGGAACCCGGGGAUGCCAAAUGCUGUGGGCGGGCAGAGAGAGGGUCUGCCCGCGUUGGCAUCGGUGGUGGAUUUGCUGCGUGAUCUGGAGGGACUCGAUGUCGAGUUCGCUGCGUGGGACGACGAGAUCAUGCAUGCCGUUGUGGGAUUCUUCCCUGAGUUGCGAACCCUCAAGAUCACGUAUGAGAUCGGUGGUCCGACGGAGACAGCCCUCGUUGCGAUGGGACCAGAACUACUCACCCGCCUCCCUCAUCUGCACACACUGCAUCUCUACGUACGUCCGACGCUGACCGCAGCCGUGCGUAGUGUCGACUACGACAGCGACGACGAAGUCGAGCGCGCGCUGCGGCAUCCGUUGUGUCUGUUCGACGACACGUUCGAAUCGUUCGAGGAUGAGCUACGGGAGCUCGUCAUCCCGUGGAACAGGUACUGCCCGGCGCUCCGCGAGGUGCAGCUGACAGCCGAGUUCAAGCUCCUGCGAGGUUAUGAGGGUGGGAGAUGGAACCUACAGCGCAUCGGGAAGGGCGAAUUCGCGUAAGACAUGCGUCUUGAGAUUAUUGGAUCUGGCCUCAAAAGACCUCUUGCUGGGUCGUGUACUUGUAUCGGACAUUCUGUUUUCAAUGCGUGUAGCCCGAUGCUGGCAGCUUCUGCAACUUCGUGAAGAAAGACCAAGUCAACACAUGAUGCUACGUCUAUCUAGCUUAUGCAUCCUGUUGCUACAACGAGCGGGCUUCUCCUUCACCGGCCAACUUCGCAACGAUCGACUACGGGGUCAUCGCCGUUGGUG